UUGAGAUGGUUCUCGUUUGCAACUUGUUUUUUAUCAUUUUCAGUAUACUCGGUUCCGUUUUUUGCAGUUUUUCAUGCAACGAUAGAGGAGGCUGUGCUCUGCUACCCCCGACCGGCCGGUGUGGUAAGGUGCGACCAGCUCCCAGAGUGACCGGAGGCCACGACGCCAAGUUAGGACAAUUUCCCUGGGCAGCGCUCAUAUACGCUUCCAAUGGCAACCUCCCGAAAACCUUUGCUGCCCGACUCAUUUCUGGAUUUAAUUUUCGAAGAAAAAGAAAAAAUGUAUUUUUGAAGCUCGUGGAUAGACGGAACAAGUUCCCAAUAUGCGGAGGGUCUAUUGUCAGUGACAGAUUCGUAGUCACUGCAGCUCACUGCUGUAAGCAGGGUCCAGAGAUGAGGAUUGUGUCAGUGAGAGUAGGAGAGCAUAAUCUAGACUCUAAGGAGGACUGUCAAGCUGGGGCAUGCUCUCCACCUCCUCAAGAUAUAGAAGUGGAGAGAUACGUCAUCCACGAGGAAUUUAACGCGGACCUCCUCAAACAUGACAUAUGUCUCAUCAGACUUCGGAAACCAAUAUCUUACAAUGAUUUUGUUGUUCCGAUCUGCUUGCCUAUAACGGAAGAUCUCCAGAGUAAAAACUUCACCGGUACAUACCUUGAAGUUGCUGGAUGGGGCAUCAUGGAGUUCGACCUGUGGACGGGUAUUCGCGCCACCGUGUUGCAGACGACAUCUCUCCCUGUGGUCAGUCUAGACGAGUGCCAGCGAGUGAUGGGAUCCCAAGUGACGGCAUCACCCAACAUCUGCGCUGGAGGAGAGGGCAAUAAAGACUCUUGCAGCGGAGACUCCGGUGGUCCUCUCAUGGGGAGGUUCUUUGACGUCACUGGCUCGGCCCAGUCGUACUACCUCAUAGGAGUGGUGUCACAUGGGGACACUUACUGUUCUGGUGAUAUGCCUGGGGUGUACGUCCAUGUGCCUGCAUAUCUUGAAUGGAUCGUCAACAAAAUGGAUCUGUUGUCCAAGGGACGAUAGGAAAUUGUGUAUCCUCGUGUCACACUACUGGUUUAUCUUGUUAGCAAUAACUGUUGUUAUAAAGUUAAAGUUUGAUUCCAAAAUUCAUAAAAUUAUAUAGAAUUUUAGCCUUCUGAUAGCAUUUAAAUGCUAUAAAAUGGUGUAAACUAGCUGCAUUUAUGCGAUCUGGUGUGUUGCAGUAUGGCAACCAGAUUCAACUCAUAUUGGAGCCCAGGCCGGUUAAGAUGUCUUCUCGCUUCACAUGACUAUUAUGUGAGUUGAAUCUGGUUGCCAAACUUCAACUUACCAUAUCGCAUAAAUAGAGGUAUUUUACGCUUAUUCAUAUAAUUACAAAGUACCUAGGACCAAGCCGUGGCUCGGUAUGUUUAUUUCGAUUAUAAAAUCAAUAAAAGAAACUCGCGUUUUCUUUAUAACUAAUUUCGGCUUUUAUUGUUUCAGUACUGCAUAACAAUAAAAGUAGUACAUAAGUUUCAGUAGAAUUUUAAUUCUCUAUGAUAAAAAUGCGAACUUGGCAAUCCAACACAUUAAUUUAUUUUAAUAUUUCACAUUUCUUAGUUGUAAAUAAAUAAA